CCUUAUCUGUGAGGCAUACUGCAAAGGAUAGAUUAUAUACUUAUACACUAGUACUGCAAAAGCUAAGCGAUUAACGAAUCGCGUAUUAGACUUAAAAGUUUAAUUUUUGAAUUAUCGUAUCAAUUGAUCUAUCUAAAAAGUAGAGCAAGAUAAUUUCGUAGUACCUAAUCAUGACCAAUUAUUGAUUAGUACUUUCAUAACCUAAUAUUGCGUUCUAUUCACCGAGUGUUUACAAAUAUUAUUUGUAAUUUGUAUUGAAUUUAUACCAUCAUGUCUGAAGAUAUGGACUGCGAAAUCGAGUUUUUGGAUGAGGAUGCUGAUAUUGUUCAACAAUGUGUGCAAACAGUCGAAUCUCCCACCGAUGAUACACUUUUGGUAGAGAUAAAAAAAGAAAAAGUUCCUUUGCUCGUUGAAAGACCCAUUGUAAAGGUAGAAACUGAGAGACCGACAAGGCGGAGAAGAAGAAAAGAUGAAGAGGAUUCUGACUAUGAUCCUACCGGUGAGAUCCGCACGAGAGGUCGUAAACGAAAAUCUGCGAAUAUCUCCCGCCAAAACGUGUCUUUAAAAACACCGAAAUCGGAAUCUAAAACUGUUAAAGACAAAAAUAGUUCGAAAUAUGAUUUGAAAAUACGAAGGCAGCUCGACAUCCGAAUCCCCGAUUACGACGAUCCACUAUGUUUGCCGGUACGCGCGUUGAUCAAAGACGAGAGUGAUGCAAAAAAACUGAGAAAUUGGAAUAAUUUAUGUCUGAAGCAUUACAAACAUCACGAUGUUCCGCUGCGAAUGAAUCUAGAGGAGAGUGUGUCUUCCACACGGACUGUUGUGUUGCGCAACUUGAUUAAUAAACAAACAGAGAAAGUUGAAACCACAAUGUGGAGUAAAAUCAUGAUACAAGACAAGAAAGGUACAAGGAAGUCGGAAAUCAUACAGUCAGUACUUCCCAGAUAUAGGGAGAAGAAAUUCCUGCAUUCUGUUGUUUUGGGUGCAAAGAGAAAUAGAACAAUUUAUCAUAAAGAGGAAGCGAUAUUGACAAAGGAAUUUAAUAAAGAUGAGGAAAUGCUGAUAGUGUAUAAACCCAAACAUGCAUUGUCUAGCUCAUACAAAAUGUUCGAGAAUGAUGUUGAUAACAGCAACGAUGAUGAAGCUAAGAAGUACCUCCGGGAAGUGGUAGUAUGUAAAAUGUGUGCACCCUGCUACCAGACCUCCUGGAGAGGGGUGCGGAAGAAUAACCAAUCGAACGUGAAGUGCGACAUAUGCGGGCGCACGUGCGUCAGCGUGUACAACCUGCUGUCGCACAUCCGCUCGCACGCGGACCGCGACGUGCGCGCGCACAAGCGCGCCAUCUCGCUCGCACUCGCACAGUCGGUGGACUAUCACUACGAAUGUCGGAUCUGCCAAGAAAAGCACACCAGCAUCAAGGCGUUGAGGCAACACGUCAACACACAUAAGGGUCCUGAAGUAUUUGUAUGCGACAUUGGUGAUCAUUUGGUGUCGUGAUAUUGUAAUAAAUAUAUUUGAUACA